AUGGCCUUGCCUGGACCCUCCAUCAUGUUCCUGUUGCUGCCUUUUGAUAGCCUGAUUGUCAACCUUCUGGGCAUCUCCUUGACUGUCCUCUUCACCCUCCUCCUCGUUUUCAUCAUAGUCCCCGCUAUUUUUGGAGUCUCCUUUGGUAUUCGAAAGCUCUACAUGAAAACUUUGUUAAAAAUUUUUGCGUGGGCAACCUUGAGAAUGGAGAGAGGAGCCAAAGAGAAGAACCACCAACUCUACAAGCCCUACACCAAUGGAAUUAUUGCAAAAGAUCCCACUUCACUAGAAGAAGAGAUCAAAGAAAUUCGUCGAAGUGGUAGCAGUAAGGCUCUGGAUAAUACUCCAGAGUUUGAGCUCUCUGACAUUUUCUACUUUUGCCGGAAAGGAAUGGAGACCAUUAUGGAUGAUGAGGUGACAAAGAGAUUCUCAGCGGAGGAGUUGGAGUCCUGGAAUCUGCUGAGCAGAACCAAUUACAACUUCCAGUACAUCAGUCUUCGGCUCACUAUCCUAUGGGGCUUGGGAGUGCUGAUUCGGUAUUGCUUCCUCCUGCCUCUCAGGAUCGCUCUCGCUUUCACAGGGAUUAGCCUUCUGGUGGUGGGCACAACUGUGGUGGGAUACUUGCCCAAUGGAAGGUUUAAGGAGUUCCUGAGUAAACACGUUCAUUUAAUGUGCUACCGGAUCUGCGUGCGAGCGCUGACAGCCAUCAUCACCUACCACGACAGGAAAAACAGGCCUAGAAACGGUGGCAUCUGUGUGGCCAAUCAUACCUCUCCUAUUGACGUCAUCAUUUUAGCCAGUGAUGGCUAUUAUGCCAUGGUGGGUCAAGUGCACGGGGGACUCAUGGGUGUGAUUCAGAGAGCCAUGGUGAAGGCCUGCCCUCAUGUCUGGUUUGAGCGGUCUGAGGUGAAAGAUCGCCACCUGGUGGCUAAAAGACUAACUGAGCACGUGCAGGAUAAAAGCAAGCUACCUAUCCUCAUCUUCCCAGAGGGAACCUGCAUCAAUAAUACAUCUGUGAUGAUGUUCAAAAAGGGAAGUUUUGAAAUUGGAGCCACGGUUUACCCUGUUGCUAUCAAGUAUGACCCUCAGUUCGGUGAUGCCUUCUGGAACAGCAGCAAGUAUGGGAUGGUGACGUACCUGCUGAGAAUGAUGACCAGCUGGGCCAUCGUCUGCAGCGUUUGGUACCUGCCUCCCAUGACCAGAGAGACAGAUGAAGAUGCCGUCCAGUUUGCAAAUAGGGUGAAAUCUGCCAUAGCCAGGCAGGGAGGACUCGUGGACCUGCUGUGGGAUGGUGGUCUGAAGAGGGAGAAGGUGAAGGAUGCUUUCAAAGAGGAGCAGCAGAAGCUGUACAGCAAGAUGAUCGUUGGGAACCACGAGGACAGGAGCCGGUCUUGA